CUGGUUACUGCCGCCGUGCGUUUAUUAGUCUCCAGAGUCCGAAAAAGCCGGAUGCGACAAAGUCAAACCUGAAGCAGCCAAGUCCCGUUCCGACGACAUUUGCUUGUUAUCUUUCAUUCACAACAGCCUUGCAUACUUCCACCACACCGGACAAACCACUCCGCCGUUAAAUGAUAUUUGGACCAUUUCAUCUCACGUACUGGAACCCCUAUCCCGCGCCGUAUGCGGGCCCCAGGUAAACCAUGUCGAGCAGUAUGGAACCGCCCGAUAUAUCAUCAGGACGACAGACGCUCCGUCUCCUCCGCCCUCAGCUAGGCCUGUUUCUCCAAAAUGGUCAAUCGGGCUUCAAAGAGGAGCUGCGGCGCUUCUACUCGCCUGCAGAGAGCAAUGCGGCCGAAGAGCUCGUCAAACUCAAGGACACGCUCAGAAGAGCCGACAAUGAUUCCUUCUGGCCCAUUCUCGCCGAAGGCCUUGCUACCAUCGCCGCCGCUCAGUAUGCUUUUGUUUCCAAGCGAAUCCUGGUCGACGACGGCAAUGAUCACGUGGAGACGCCGCCUACUGGAGAACUGUCGUGUCAUCUCGUGGGCGCUGCAUUCUGUGUAAACGAUGGUCACGGUACGAAGCAUCAGGUCCAACAUUUCAAAUACCACGCCUAUUCCUGCCCGUGUGCCUACAUGCGCCAUGACAAGAUUUUCAGCAUCCCCGAAAAACUCAACGAUUUCAUCAUGAAUAAUCCGAAUGACAUGGUCGGUCCAGGCGAAUCUUACCUUGGUAUUCCGCUUUUUGCUGAUGGCAAGUGCUUCGCGCAUUUUGGUGUCAUGUGGAGCGCCGACGGAGCCGCCCGAAGAGUCUUGGGAUGGGGGUACCUGGAAUUGCUCAUGCGCGGCCUGGAGGACUUGAUCUUGGAUCGGGUGCUACAAGGGAAGCGGUUCGCUGCGUCAACUGUAUCCGCGGGUGAAGAGAGACCGCGAGUGAUACCGCACGCGGCUAUCCCCAUGUCUCAGUCGUUGAAACCCUACGCUAGAAGUCUUUCCCAUGAGCUCAGAACCCCGAUGCAGGGCGUUGUCGGCAUGCUGGACGUCAUGAUGGCAAAUGUAAAGGAGGCUGCCGAAGGAUUGGAAGAUAUCCGCCUACAAAAUCUGCUAGCAACACUCAAGGACAAUAUUGAAACUGUGCAAGACAGUUCCAGACGGGCAGUUGAGGCAGCCGACAAUAUUGUACACGCAUAUGACAUGAACAUGGGACUACCUGAAGACCCCGAUUCUCUUUUCGAAGAGCUCGCUAGAGACAAUAUCAUUCUGCGCGAUAGGAAACCAGAUAUUGUGGUCACAGGCAACACUAGCCCCAACAACCAUUUCCGGGGAACGAAGCGGAGGCGACAAGAGUUCGCGUGGAGAGCUGAUGAGAUUUCGACCCAUGCUCGUGUCUGCAGAAUGCCCAGGAGGAGAAUUCGACAAUCACUCUCUGAGGAGCCCCAAUCCCGAGCCACCAAGGCGGCCACACUGGCAAAGCAAGACAUGCAAGUGAGCGCUCUACACAAGGCGUGCUCGCACGAAGCCUCCGACGCCAAAUGCGAUAAUGACUCUUCCAGCUCUCCCCUUUUCGCCUCCGAGCACUCGACAGUGCCCGGCCUACGGCACACUGACCUACGAGAGGUCAUCCGUUAUGUCAUCAAUGAUGCCUUGAAAGUUGGGGGACGCCCCGAUUCGGCCAUCGCAGAAGAAACCGAGUAUGGAGAGCGCAUUGAAGUCCGUACCAGGAGAUCUAGCGGACAGGUCAACAUCAAGCAUAUCGAAUGGACGGUUGCGCCAGAUGUACCGCAGACCAUUCUCAUUGACGAAAAAGACCUCGCCAAGACCAUAUCCUGCAUUAUGCUGAAUGCUAUCAAAUUCACUGACAACGGAGAAAUCACUCUUGGCGUUACCCUCGGCGACAACGGCCGGCGGAUUCUCGUCAAUGUCAAGGACACGGGAUCCGGCAUACCUGCAGCUUUCCUACCGAACCUGUUCAAGCCGUUUGCAAGAGAAGACAACUCUACGACGCGAGAGAGUGAGGGUCUUGGGUUGGGGCUUCUAGUGGCUAAAGGUCUGGCACGGAAACUCGGCGGUGAUCUAAGUUGCAUUCACUCGGAUGUUGCUGGACCACGGAAGGGCUCCGAGUUUGAAUUGUGCGUACCCCUUACACCCGGAGACGCUUGCUGUCGUUCAUCAUCGCCAUUCGGGUCGCCCACGCUUUCUGCCAAUUCCAUGGACGCCGAGGUGUUGUUCACUGUCACACAGCAGCCCGGCACACCGCCCCUUUCAUCUGAAAUAUCCAGGAAUGGCCAAAGGCUCUCUCCGCGAAGCUCUCCGGCACUCUCAGCCACCUCGCAAAGGUCACCGUCGUUGGCCCCUCUCGGAAUUCACCUGCCCACACCGCGUUCGGCGUCGCCCGUUCGCCCUCGCGCGACGUCGAAAACCCGUACACUGUCAGAUGACCACUUUGACCGCAGUUUAGCUGCUAGGUAUCCUCUGAACUUCCUUGUCGUCGAAGACAACAAGAUCAACCGUAAGCUGCUCGUUAGCAUGCUGGCCAAGCUCGGAUACAAGAACGUAGCUGAAGCAUACGACGGCAACAACGCCGUUGAGCAGAUGCGCCAAGAGCGCUCGCCCAAGGAGCAGAUCGACGUUGUCUUGAUGGACCUGUGGAUGCCUCUUCUCGACGGGUUCCAAGCUACAGAAACGAUCCUGAAGAUGGAUCUACCGAAGAUCCCUACGAUUUUAGCUGUCAGCGCCGAUGUCACUGGCCCGGCCAUCGACCGGACAGAGAAAGUCGGCAUGAAGGGCUUCCUGGGGAAACCGUUCCGGAUCCAGGAUUUGGAGAAGCUGAUUGUGGAGCACUGCUCCUUCCAGUUGGCGGCAUGAACUUUGCCCACUCUAACCAUUUAUGGUACUUUCUCGAUAUAUCAUUUAAUACGUCUGAUGAUGUUUGGGGAGACGUGGAGUUCGGAGGUGUUAUCCUUGUUUCGGCUUUUUGCAGCAUGAUACCUGUGAUGAUUGCAUUAUUGCAUGGAGU